AUGGGUGCGAAUUCGUUCCCUUUUAAAAGCCCUCUUUAAUCACUCUUCCCAGCCGCCGCCCCGCACCCAUCUCUUGCUCCACAUGUGGGAGCAGAGCCCUUUUCACCGUCUCCAUUGAUUUGUGCGAGGAUUUGGGGUGUGUGGAACUGCUGCUGGUGGUGUUUUGCACUCAAGGUGACUGAACCCCUCAAAGUCCCGUUUCUGUCCCUGUUAUUUUAGGCCAUUUACUAAAAGAAAACAGUACAGUUAAUUAAAUUUAAUGUUAAUCCAUUCAUUUGAACAUUCUUUGACUCUAACCAUAUCUAUCAGUAUCAUGAUUAAGAUUGUAUGUUUGGUAGAGUGCUUGGCUUGUUCUGUUUCUUUUUUUCAACCUUGGAUGCCUUUCCUCCAUUUCACCGUUCCCUCCUCCCCAGGUUAAAAAGGUAUUCUGAUUUUAACAAUAAGGAAGCCUUCAUGAGAAGCGACUCCUGCCUUUCAAAUUCACAAGGUAAGUAGGGCUGUUGUGUGUUUUGAGGGAGAUCUCACACAGCCACUGUUCUCCCCUAAAUCAGUCCUGAAUGAUGGAGUUAAUGAAAUCCUAGCUGGAAGAGAGAGUGUUCUGUAGAGGCUGUACACAAUUAUCUGGGAAUAACAAUGGGAGUUACCGUACUUCUGAGUAGACACCUGUAGGAUUGUAUUGUUACUGUGGGAUAGGUGAUGAAAUGAUGAGGGUGAAGAAAAUACACAUUUGCACCAGAAAAUCCUGCUUUUCUAAUGCUCUUGCUUAAAACAGACACAUCGACAAAUAGUUUUUUAUAUUCAAUAUUUUAAAAAGUCACUAUAGAGUAAGCUAUAACAUUAAUACUUUACAUUUGUAGUUUUGUUUUUAGGCACAAUUAUUCUUUUUUGCAGUAAUUUGCAGGCCACUUAAUUAGAGCAUACUGUGGAUGGUGCCUUAAGAAAUUACGAUCCCAACCUAGUUGUUUCCAGAAACACACAUUAUUGCCUUAUGUGUCUUCUACUGGCUCUGCAUUUAUACUAAUAACUGUUUCUUUUCUUACUUACUUAAAGCAGAGGAUCAUAGUUCUAAAUUCUAA